GCGUAAAUGACGUCAUGACGCGGCGGUGCAUUGUGGGAUUGCGGAGGAGUGGGGCGGUGAAUGGUGCAACACAACUUCAGAAAUGGACGUGUUUUUAAUGAUCCGGCGUCAUAAGACGACCAUCUUCACUGAUGCCAAGGAGUCCACGACAGUUCACGAGCUGAAACGCAUCGUUGAGGGAAUCCUGAAGAGACCGCCCGAGGACCAGAGACUUUACAAGGAUGAUCAGCUGCUAGACGACGGUAAAACACUGGGAGAUUGUGGCUUCACUAAUCAGACAGCCAGACCUCAGGCUCCCGCUACAGUUGGACUCGCCUUCCGGAUCAGCGCCGAUGCGUUCGAGCCGCUCCAAGUGGAUCCGUUCUCGAAUCCUCCAGAGCUUCCUGACGUGAUGAAGCCUCAGGAUUCGGGCAGCACGACCAACGAGCAGUCGGUGCAGUAAACACACACACCAACAACACACCGCCGCAGGAGGAGGAGAAGAGAUCUGCCCCUCCGUUACCAGGAGGUUCCACCCGGACUGAACACUCAGAAGGGGUUAGGGGUUUCAGAAACCAAAAACAGGACACAGCUGACACCCCCGUUCCCAACACACACACACACCCACACACACACACACAGAAACAUCAUCACCUAGCUUAUUAAAUCCCCUAUUAACUCUGGACUGAUACUCAUUUCCCCUUUGCUGUGUCUGACACACACACACACACACACACACACAUAUUCUCACCCCUUCUUUAAAACUGAACACGGCUUGUUUUUUGCAGUAUAAAGACUUUUGUGUUGUUAGUGUUCAUUAAAACAAAGAAAGCAGCUCUUGUGUUUUGCAGUGAGAGAGAGAUUGUGAUGUUCGAGAGAGACGCAUGCGGGAAGUACGGCGCAUUUUUUUCACUCGAGCCUGCAUCCAUAGUGCAUUAUGUAAUUUAUCUUUACUUUUUUUUUUUUCUUUUUUUAUUAUUAUGAAUUAAGCAACCCUUUUGGGCACUGAUAAUAAAGGUUUGAAUUUUA